AUGAUUUUUACAAAUAGUUCUAUCGAUUGUGUUCUCUCUCUCUCUCUCUUAAUCGGCAUGACGAUCUCGGUGACCGGCCCGGCCUUGGAUAUAGAAAAUAAGGCGAUCGGGCGUUGCACUCGACGCAGCCAUCGUCUUCGCAUCUGGUUCGCUUGGAUCUACUGCGGUAUCUUCCUGUUGAGCUCCGCCGGCUUCUACAUGUUCUGGUACACGGAUGCGUUCGAUAAUUACGUGUUGUCGCUGAUGGAAUUGCGCAACGGUACACGGACAUUUGACUGGUGGCAGAGCCCGCCAUUGAAGCUUAAAUAUAAAAUCUAUAUCUUUAAUUACACGAACGUGGACAAGUUCGAGGCAAACGAGGCAAGCAAACUGCGCGUCCAGGAGCUUGGUCCCUACGAGUAUCACGAGACGUUGAGUCACACGAAUGUGGUGUUGCACGAUAACGGCACGAUUACCUAUCAGACCAAGAGAUCCUACGAAUGGAUAGGCGGCCGAUUCGAGAACGAUAUUGUCCUGGUGCCGAACGUACCAUUGAUGUUCACCACCGCGUACGUCCGGGAUCUGAGCUUCGCAGUGCGAUUCGUCACCAACACCGUGCUGUCGACUCUACAGGAGCAGUCGUUCAUCAACGAGACCGUCAGCGGUUUCCUCUGGGGAUACGACACUGAGCUCUUCCACAUAGCCAAACCGUUGAUGAUGCUCGAGCGGGACAUACCUUUUGAAAAGUUCGGCUUGUUAGCCAUGAAAACUGGUAUCGAUAAGGAUCGCAUCACGAUGCACACGGGAUCGCGAGGCAUGAAAAAUUUCGGCGUGAUCGACCGAGUGAACGGAGUGAACAAUCGGAUCGUUUGGGAUGACGAGCGAUGCGAUAAAAUUGAAGGCACCGAGGGCAAUAUGUUUCCACCACAUUUGAUACACGACACAAGUAAACCCCUCUACAUAUAUUCUAAGGAUAUUUGCAGGAACGUACCAUUACAUUUCACCGAACAAGUAACCACCUACGACAUACCUUCUUUGAGGUAUAAAUUGACCCCAGAUGCGUAUAAUUUUUCAAACAAACAAAACGAAUGUUUCUGUCCUAAAGUACAUGAUAAGAGAGUCUGUCCACCUUCAGGACUCUUCAACAUAUCCGCGUGCAAUCAUGGCACGCCUUUGCUCUUGUCAUUUCCGCAUUUUUAUGGUGCCGACAAAUCGUUGCUGGAACAAAUAGAUGGUUUAAAUCCUCGGAAGGAAGAUCAUGAGAGCUACGUGGACAUACAUCCGCGUAUAGCGAUUCCCAUAGCCGGCUGGUCGAGGAUGCAAAUGAAUCUGGAGGUGCGAAGGGCAAUCGGCGUGCCGUUCCUUGGGAAUCUGAAGGACGGCAUGAUCCUUCCACUUAUCUGGGUCGAAAUUGGGAUAGACAAACUUCCUGAACAGUUGUUGAAAAUCGUCCAGAGCGCGCAUUUCACAGUAACCAACGUUGAAUUGGCUUUGCAAUGGGGUACUCUGAUAACGAUGAUACUCUCCUUGAGUGCUAUGAUCGUCUGUCUCUGGAAAUAUCGUUUGAAACAGGAUGUAGUUCUCCUAAAAAAUUCGUUCAAACAAAACAACCUUCUUGAGUUGCUCUAGAUCGGAACAGAAAUCGCUUGAAAGAAAUGAAUGAACAAGUAAAGACCGUCGAUCUAUCAAAAAAAAUAAAAAAUAAAAAGAAAUCAACAAUUUCGAGAUAAUGCGGAUGUUCAAAAGAUAUUAGAACUAAGUUUAGUCUAAUUUUUUAGAUGGUUUGAAUUUUUGAAACGCUUCUUGAGAAUUUGUGCUCGAGACGUUCAAUUAGAGACAAAAGAUGAUAGUGUCUCGUAAGAUUUCUCAUAAAGGCACAGUAAAACGAAUUUACGUCAUCAAAUAAAA